CAGGAACAAAUCCAAACAAUGCACAAAGCUCAUUCUAUGGAUAUGAUCCAGUACCAAGAAUGGCAACUCUAGGAUUCGUUCUAAGAUCCCCAACACCAACUCCUUGCACUCAAUGUCCUGGAACUCAAACAUAUAAUGUGAAGUUUACGACACUGUGGACGGAACAGGCAUACCCAAGAGAGUAUCCUGGUGAUGCUCAUUGGUCUGGAUUAGUGGGUGAAAGUCACGACAGUCGCUACAUCAUGUGGAAUCCAAGUGGCAAGGCGGCACGAGGUAUCGAGAUUAUGGCUGAGACAGGAAAACAAUCUAUCCUGUUGAGUGAGAUGGCAGCACAGGGAAACAACGUUCUUGCAACUAUAGCUCUCAGUGGCAUUGGAAGUGGGACUGGAAAUCGAAGCACAAAUUUACGUCUUGAUUGUGACCACUCACAAGUGUCUCUAGUCAGCAUGAUUGCUCCUAGUCCUGACUGGUUUGUUGGAAUUCAUAGUGUAGACAUGUGUAACACAGCUACGUUUGAAUGGAGAGACGGAGACACUAUCGACUUAUUUCCUUACAAUGCGGGUACCGACGAUGGACUGAAGUUUGACUCAAGCAAUGACGACACAAAUCCAAAAGGUGACAUCACCCGUUUGACUGGAUCGAUGCCCAAUAAUGCUCAGAGUUCAUUCUAUGGAUAUCAACAACUGCAACGGAUUGCUCAAAUGAAGUUGACUAAAGGAGCCUGAAUAGAAUCAGGAAGUAGUCGUGUUAUGGCAGGAAUCAUGACUAUAUCACAUCUGCAUGUUUGUUGUUGUUCGUUUUAGUGCAUGUGAACACGUAAGCUGUUGGUUGCUGGAACAGCUAGACAAUUUGCCGUGCUUGAUGUUGCUUGUCAGCUGUUGUCAAUCUGCUAACCGUUGUUGUUGUGUUGCUGUUUGGCCAUGCAUGCAUGCACAAUGUGCAAACAUUUAUUGGAAGUCUAAGGCAUCAGUAUACUGUAAUAUGGUACAUGGUGGAUACCCUU